CAUACUCACAAAAAUGAGUCUCAAAGCCAUCUCUCUCCCCCUUCUCUUUGCCAUAUUUGCAUCUCUGGCCAUGUACACGCAUCUCUCUCUUCCAAACAACCCUAAAUUUGUUAAACACCUCAUUGAUCUUAGCCUGAAAACCUUCUCAUCAUCACCCUUUGUUUCAACUCCCAUGGUGUACUCCGCCCUAGACUGCGGCCUCCACCGCCAUAAACAUCACCAGGACAGCACCACAGGAUCCCUUUGCGACGAUUUUCCGCCAGAUUUCCCCCCUCCAGACACCAACACUACCUCAAUUUUAUGCGUCGAUCGCAACGGUUGCUGCAACUUCACUAUGGUGCAGUCUGCAGUCGAUGCAGUCAGUGUUCUUAGCCAGAAAAGAACCAUAAUAUGGAUCAACUCUGGAGUUUACUAUGAAAAGGUCAUUAUUCCAAAAAACAAGCCAAACAUCACAUUUCAAGGACAAGGGUUUGCUUCAACUGCAAUUGUGUGGAAUGACACAGCCAAUUCUUCACAUGGCACAUUUUACAGUGGCUCAGUUCAAGUUUUUGCUGCCAACUUCAUUGCUAAGAACAUUAGCUUCAUGAAUGUAGCUCCAAUUCCGAAGCCAGGUGAUGUUGGAGCACAGGCAGUGGCCAUUAGGGUGGCAGGAGACCAGGCGGCGUUCUGGGGUUGUGGCUUCUUUGGAUCCCAAGACACGCUUCAUGACGACAGGGGUCGACAUUACUUCAGGGACUGCUACAUUCAGGGUUCCAUUGAUUUUAUUUUCGGAGAUGCAAGGUCAUUCUACGAGAACUGCCAGUUGAUUUCCAUGGCUAACCCAGUGCCAGCAGGAUCAAAGGUGAUAAAUGGUGCAAUCACAGCACACGGCAGAACUUCCAUGGACGAGAACACCGGGUAUGCAUUUGUGGCCUGCACUGUGGGUGGGACUGGAAGAGUGUGGCUUGGUCGAGCAUGGAGGCCCUUUUCUCGUGUUGUUUUUGCUUACACAUCCUUGUCUGAUAUCAUCGCCUCUGAGGGUUGGAAUGACUUCAAUGACCCGACCAGAGACCAGAGUAUUUUUUAUGGGGAGUACAUGUGCAGAGGUCCAGGAGCCAAUACAAGUACGAGGGUGCCUUAUGCUCAGAAACUCAAUGACACACAAGCUUCUAUCUUUCUUAACGUGUCUUUCAUUGAUGCAGACCAAUGGUUACAACCUUAUGCAUAAUGGCUUCCUUUAUUUCUAUGUAAUAUGACAAGUAAUUCAUUUCUUCAUUCUUUGAUCUUAUGUUAACCAUUUAAUUUAUUCAAAUAUUAAUGCAAAUUCAAAGUGGCAAA